AUGCCUGGUUGGUGGCCAGCAUUGGUGACUGAGAUUGGGUCGGGAGAUAUGGUGAUCCCAGCACCAGAUGACAGUGUCCAGCAAUUCAACAACGGUAUCAAAAAGACAGUGUUGAUGACUGAGAUUGGCUUGGGAGACAUGGUGAAACCAGCAUGGUUAACCAACCUGGCAUGGUUGACCAUGCCAGGUUGGAUAAUCAUGCCUGGUUGGUGGCCAGCAUUGGUGACUGAGAUCAGCUCAGGAGAUAUGGUGAUGCUGGCAUUAGUGACUGAGAUCAGCUCGGGAGAUAUGGUGAUGCUGGCAUUAGUAACUGAGAUCAGCUCAGGAGAUGUGGUGAUCCCAGCGCCGGAUGACAGUAUCCAGCAAUUCAACAACCAUAUCCAAAAGACAGUGUUGGUGACUGAGAUUGGGUUGGGAGAUAUGGUGAACACGAACAAGAUAGUUGCGAUACUGGCGGUCAUGUCAGAUAGUGUUCCCUGUACCAGUAUAUCUUGUUCUGGUUGGUUGGUUAACCAUGCCCGGUUGGUGACCAAUGAGAACACGGUACUUUCAAUACUGGUGGUAAUGCCAGAGCUCAAUAUGGUUAACCAUACUGAUUUGGAUCAAGGGUCUCACAUAUCUGAUUCUGUUCAGGCCAGCCCAGUCAGUCCAACUUGGGCCACCGGCCAGCUCCACCCUGGGUGUCUGGCCGGUGGCAAUCUGGCUGGUACACAUUCUAUGACCAUUUUUCACGUCCGGGGGUACCGGUUCUACGUAGUGUCAUGA